AUGACCGAAGAACAGUUGCGUGAGUAUUACAAACAUUUAUUAGACAUAUAUUUUUAAUUUGGAACACUUAUCUAUAAAAAAUUUGAUUUUAAUAUAUAUUUCUAACUUGUAUUGAAUUUUCUUUUUUAUUUCUUUAAUUUCAUCAUAUUAAUAAUAAAAUUAAAUGGGAAUAGCAAUAUAUGAUAUAUUAAUUAAUUAUAAGUAAUAAUGAAUAUAGUUUUGAUUUUAUAACUUGAAAAUAUUAAUAUUUAAAACAUGCAAUUUGUAUAAUAUGUUUUAGCAACAGAGAUAACUAAAUAUAGUUUUCGUCAAAAAGUAUGGGAUUACUUGAUGAAAAAUGAGUUAGUCAAUUUUCCUCUUACUGUAUACAAUCGCAUACCAAAUUUCAAAGGUGCUGCUGAAGCAGCACAGCGCUUGACAAAGUUGGAAGUCUUCAAGCAGGCAAAAGUGAUAAAGAUAAAUCCAGACAAGCCGCAAGAACCUGUAAGAUUCUUAGCAUUAGAAGCCAAUAUGGAAAUAUUAGUUCCAAUCCCCAGACUAAGAUCUGGUUUGUUUCUUCAUGUUACACCAGUUGCUGGUUCUUCAAAAAAUGAACUGAGAACAUUGUCAAAAAUUCAUGGCUUGACAGAAGCUGGUAAACCGCUUGGUAUAGAUUCCAAAAUAAAGAUAGAUUUUGUAGUAUUAGGAUCUGUGUGUGUCAGUCGUGAUGGAUACAGACUCGGUAAAGGUAAAGGAUUUGCAGAUUUAGAAUUUGCUAUGAUGAUGAGGAUGGGUGCAGUCACGCAAGAUACUAUAGUUGUCACAACUGUGCAUGACUGUCAAAUCUUUGAUAGUCUUCCACCUCAAAUAUUCAAAGAAUAUGAUGUACCUGUUGAUAUAAUUGUUACACCUACUCAAACAAUAAUAGUAAAUCCAAAAUUAAAGAAGCCUAGUUGUAUUAUGUGGCAUAUGCUUAGUGAAAGAAGAAUCAAAUCUAUGCCUGUACUACAGCAAUUAAGAGAAAUAGAUGAAAAAGAAGGCAAAGUAGUAACUUUGAAAGAAGAGGAUUCGGAUAUAGAGACACAAAAAACUUAUCGUCCUAAUUAUGUAAAAAAUAAGAAACGUUUCAAGACAAAAAAGAUUAUUUUAAAUGAUGAUAAUAUUGGCGAAGAAGGAGAGAAACAAGUAAAAACACGUUUUCUUAAAAAACGUACAUUUAAUAAGGUCAAUUCAAGAGACAAUAAUGUAUUUUCCAACGUUGCAGAGGAGAAAAUGGAAAGAAAUGAUAAGAAUAUACAGCAACGUCGUAAAAAUCUAAAAUUAAAGUCUAAAUCUCAGGUUGAAUUUUCCUUAAAAUUAUCAAAUAUUUCAUCCGGUGCCAGAAUACGUGAUUUGAAAAAUGCUUUGUUAGAGCGUGGUAUUAAACCAAAUGAAAUAACUUGGUUAGGACAUCGAGGUAUUUGUUAUCUUCACUUCAAUAAACUGAGAAAGAAUAAUGAUUUGCCAGAUAAACCGAUACAAGUUGAUUCAAUAAUGGCAAAUUUGCAACAACUAUGUAUUGGAGUGGAAUCUACUGAAAAUAUUAACGCGCGUGACUUCAUAAUAGUAGAACCUGCUAAACCAAUAUCUAGAAUCGAAGUCACAGAUAUGACUUCGGUUUAA